AUGGGGGCAAGUUGUAAAGAUCAAAAGAAGGCGGUUGCUAUAUGUCUACAAAGGUCACCAUGUGUCAUGAUACAAAGGAACACACCGCAAAAGUGCAUAGAGGAUCCCGAAUUGAACAAAGAUCUUCCUGAAUUAUGUAUUGCCCAAAUGAAGGCAUUCUUAGAUUGUAAGAGAGGAAUGAUGGAUAUGUCUAAGAGAUUCACGGGAAAUGCACCCUUAUCUACGGGGAAAUAUGAUCAACAGUAUGAGAAUCUAUGUACUGGUAAAUUUGACCCUCGAGAGGAGAUGGAUAAGUUACGAUUGUUGAAUAGUAACCAAAAGGAGUAG